GAUUCCAGCGGCUUUUUUAUGUGUUGACGGUACCUGUGUUCUAAUUGUAAAGGGUUGACAGUGUAGUUUUUAUCCUGAAACAAGUUCGUUGCUAAUUCAUAUGCAUAUGUUAUUCAUAUACUCACAAAAUUUCCCCUAUUCACUGUAAAACUUAAACCCUUGUUAUAUGUCUAGCUUCUGUUAGAUUCAUAACUUUAGUUUCCAGUAUAUAUAUUCUUUAAAUUACUCUAUAUGUGUGUUGGAAACAAACAAUGCUUCCGGCCACUACACAAAGAUUAGUCUUGAUACCACUUUAGGCCAUUAAAUAUUUUGUUGGAGGAUUAUUUCUAGACCUUCGGUUAGCCUCUUAGCAUCUAAAAUACUAGCCUCGAUAAUUAUCGCACGCCUAAAUAAGACUCAUGAACUGCAAACAUGAGAGAAUCAAUCUGGCUUCAGAUCCAGUCGUGGCUGCAUCGACCACAUAUCCAACAUUCGUCAGAUUUUUGAACACAAACAUGCUUAUCGGCAUCCGACAGUGGUGGUCUUUCUUGACUUAUAGGCAUUAUUUGACUCUGUAGACCGGGAGGUCCUAUGGUAUUGUCUGUUAUUGAAGGGCGUACCUCAGAAAUACAUAAACCUUCUGAAGGUUCUUUACUUGAACACUACUAGUCGAGUCAGAGCUUAUGGCAAACUGUCAUCUGUUUUUGCAACCUCAAGUGGUAUCCGUCAAGGCUGUUCACUUUCUCCAUUUUUGUUUGACUUCAUCAUAAACUUACUGAUGGACAUAACGUUCUCGUCGACUAAAUUUUCGGGCAUUGAUCUCCUACUAGGAGAUCCACUUAUCAACUUAGAAUACGCAGAUGACGUAGUCCUGUUUUGUGAAGACGCUGAUAAAAUGCAGUCUUUUGGUAGCACUUCGCAAAAAUGCCAGGUUGUUUGGGGUGUGUAUUCCCUCUCUAAAUGCAAGUUUUAGCUUCAGGACUGACCUGCGUCGACACCUAUAUUAAGGAUAGGGAGUGAAGUAGUCGAACGCGUUGACAACUUCACUUAUCUUGGAAGUCUGAUCAACCCUAAUGGGUUGGUGUCUGACGGACUGUGCGGCAGUUCGUUCUGUUUCACUUUACGUCUGUGAAACGUGGACAUUAAGAGUAGACAUGCCUUUAGAGAUGACACAUUCCUCCUUUAAAUUUCCAGGAGUUGAACUUCUACCAGGAUAUUCACUUGUUGACUUAGAAUAUGUCGAUGACAUAGUUCUAUUUGGUGAAGACGCUGACAAAAUGCAGUCUUUUGAUCACUAUGAGCAACAAUGCGAGCAUGUUCGGGAUGUGAUUCUCCCCCUCAAAAUGCGAAAUGUUGCUUCAGGAUUGGGUGGCAUCGACACUCGAAGUAAUGAUAGGGAGUGAAACAGUUGAGCUUUUCGACCGCUCCACUUAUCUUGGGAGUCUCAUCAGCCCUUGUAGUCUGGUGUGUGACGAAAUCUCAGCACGGAGACAGAAGGCCCGACUAGCUUUCGCCAACUUGCGUCAUUUAUGGCGUAGGCGAGAUAUCCGUCUAGCAACCAAAGGACGUGUUUACUGUGCAGCAGUUCGUUCCGUCCUACUUCAUGGCAAUGAAACAUGGCCGGUAAGAGUAGGGGAUAUUCGUAGGUUACUAGUAUUUGACCAUAGCUGUCUUCGAAAUAUUGCUCGUAUAUCCUGGGACAUUCGAGUAAGCAAUACAGUUGUUAGGAAACGGGUACUAGGUAAGGAUGGCAAAUCAAUUGAUGAAAUAGUGAAACCUCAUCAUUUGAGAUGGCUGGGACAUGUGUUACAUAUGCCCAACCACUGACUUCCCCCCAGGUGCGAUGUUUUAUGGUGUAGGAGUAGGUUGGAAGAAAGCUAGGGGUGUCCAGACCAAAACAUGGCCUAAGUCCAUGAAGUUACUGACAAGUGGACUGAGCUAUGUUGGUAGGUGUAGACUAUCUGAUUGGGAUCCGCGAGACGGUAGCAACCUAUGGUUAGAGAUCUUGAAUGACAUGACUCAAAAUCGUUUACUAUGGUGCAGGUGUGUCCACUCUUUUUGUUUUCCCAAAUUUUAAUCUUUCAAAUUCUUUAUGUCCCUUUCUUUCUACUCUUUCCAAAUUUAUUUCACCGGAUUGUAUUCCUUGAAUAACAUCUUCGAACCCUAGUGUUUCCGAUUACUGAUUAUGCUUUUACUACCUCUGCCACUACGGGAUUUGAACCGACAACUGCAUCUCUGUGCUUAUGUGGUAUGGCAACUCGAACUGAUGUAUGUACGUACGAAGUUCUACGUUGUCACCGACUGACUGAGAAGAUACUCGUAAGCUACUAGUAUUUGAUCACAUGUCUUAGAAAUAUUGCUCGUAUCUAAUGGGUAAGUAAUAGUGAGGUUAAACGCAGGAUGUUAGGGAAUGAUGGUCAAUUAGUUGAUAAGGUUGUAAAUCUUCAUCGACUAAGGUGGUUGGGCCACGUGUUAGGGAUGGUUGGAAGAAAGUUAGGGGCGGCCAAACUAACGUGGCACCGGUCCUUGAAGUCACUAACUUCUGGUCUGAGCCAUGAUGAUAGAUGCACACUACUUUGUUGGGUUUCGCGUGACUGUCGUAACCAAAUGUUUGGAGACUCUGGGCGACGGCUCAGAAUCUGUCACAAUGGAGUAGGUGUAUACACUCUUUGUCUUCCCUUAAACUGAGAUUAGAGUUGCUUCAUAUGUUUCUUUCUACGAACUAAUUCUUUCUUCCUGUACACAAUCUUUCAUACAGUACUACCAUUGAAGUGAUUACUUCUGUAAAUUUGGUGUUCAUCUUGUGCUAAUGAGGUGUGGCGAAUUAGACCGAUACAUAUACGUGCCUGGUCCUACGAUGCAGCUGACUGACUGAGGAGAUCGAAGGGAAAAGGGUGAUUGGUGUAGAGACGAAGGAACAAUAAAGUCUGAGACAAUUGAUUGAGAUUUUGCAAAUGAAGUAUUCAUUGUAUGGUUUUCAGAUCUUACUAAGAGACUCUGUAAUUUUGUGUUUAAAUACAUUUGGUUGUCCUCACUGAUAUUCUCGUUCACUACAAUGCUUCAUUUAAAUGGACUAAAUUAACGCCAUUCAGUAACGAUAAUCAUGUUUAGUUAGACACUGAAAUCCAUUUACAAGACUAUUUAUUUCUUUGUGGAGUCGAUUGGAAUACAAUGUUGUAAGCACACUUUUACAUCAUUUUCUGCAAUUCGACUUUAUGAGCUUUGCUAUAAGUUUAGGUGAAAACUAUGUGAUCUGGUAGAUUCCCCAAUUUUGAUCAUUAUCUACAUGUAAGUGACGUCUUAUAAUUCUGAAAUGGGCUUAGUUGCUUCAGUUUUGCCUUAUUUCAAAUUCUCUAAAGUCCCCAACGCUUUAUUAAACUUAAUUUUACACCAGUCUAUAGAAUGUUUCAAAGACUCCUUUAUUUUAUGAGAUGUCAGGGUUCUUCCUUAUUAGCCUUCACUAGAGUAUGCUGACCAUGUCAUAAAACAAACUAUGCGCUUCACACGCCUUUUCGAAGCUACAGGUUAGUGUAUUUACCUAAAAUCCUCGGAAAUUGAUUCUUCAUGGGUGUUGUUAAUUUAUUGAUUAAAAUAAUCGUUUCGUAGUACUUACAGAAUCUUUUUCUGUAUUGUAUGUAAUUGUAACCCUACUUGGUAAAUAGUAAGUUUACCUUAGUCCCUAGUCAUAUGGACCACAGUCGUCAAAUGUGUACUUUCUGUGAUUGGUUUAAAACAGUUGAUAAACUUCAAAUUAGUGUCAUGUGUUUAUCUGACUUUUCUGAGAAUUCCCCAAAGGCGUCAUACCUCACAUAGGAGUCGAGUAUAAUUGAUAAUCUAAAUACUUCGAUUUGUAACUCGUUUAUAAACUUCAUAAUUUCGACAUUAUUUACCUAAUAAUCUCACGGAUCUUUCCGCUCUCUUUUUGGACCAUAUUCUCAGUACCUAGUCCUCCUAAUUAUCAUUGCUGCAACAUUAUUUCGGCUUCUUUUGCUAUUAAUUUUGUUAGUUUCAUUUGGUAUUGGUAAUAUAGUAUGGCACCUUUGGCCAAGCAAAUUCAUGCCAAGCUCGACGUUGAUGAUGACUAACUGACUGACCAGUCCGACUAAAUGUGGUGGUUGUAUGCUUCAAUGUUUUAAUUUUUAAAGUACUUUACGUUACCUUUUAACGACUUUUUAGUCCGAAUGGUACUGUGAAACGUAGUUGAGUUUCCCCUUACAAACAUAUUGGACGUAUCAACCAGGUGUUAAUAUGACUACCAGAGCAGUUGUAGUAAUCGAUACACUCAUCUGUUAUACUUUAAAUUGAUUGAACAUAGAUAUAUGACAGUACUAAUGCUCCUAGCACUUACAAAAUUCGCUAAAAAAUUUUAAGGUUAGUUGAAGACAGUAAGAGGCUUUAGUUAGUAAUUUUUAGUACUCUAAAACUGUAGUGUUCCUUUAAUAAUUUCAUCAAAGUUCCCUGAUACGUGUUCUAGUAGUUCAUUAUCUGUUACAUCCACCUAGUUUUUUGUUGGAGUCGUGUCGCGUUAUUGAUAGUAAACAGUGUUUUAUUUUUAGUUACUGAAUCGUUGUCAUAAUGCGAAAUUUCUGUUUGUCAUAAAUAUUCUAAAGUGUUAGUUGACAAAUUCCUACGAUUAAUUCUUUGUAUAAACUUUUAGGUCUAUUUUUGCCAUCAGUAAAUUUCUUCAAAAAAUGCCAAAAACAAAGAAGCGAUCCGUUGAUAGUUCAAAUGUUCUCUGUUCUCGUGAUGUGUCGAAAAUUCGCAAACUAAUGCGAGAAAAUAUUGAUGAAGAAAAAUUAGUUGUUUCAAAAUCCUUAACCGAUGACGCUGCAAUUAUAGAGUCAGAGUCUGAUAAUGAAGAAUCUGAGAUGGAAGAAGGAUUCCAACUUGAUCUUCCUGAUUUCGAUUCAUGUGGUGGUGACGUUUUAGAAGAUGAUGAAGAUUGGAAGAAGUUUUUCAAAUCGACCAGCGACAACAAGGAACUGGUGACAGAACUUAAAAAAAAUUUGACUGAAUCAAAAUUGAAGAUUUCUGAAGAUAUGUCUCAGUACACUGGUAGUAUUAUUGGUGAUUUGGAUGAAGUAAGAGGAUUCGAAAGUUUAAAUGAACUUCCUGAAGAACUACGGGAUCACUUAAAUCUUUUAAUUGAUGUACUUAGAAGUUACAGAAGUGGACCAUUACCAAAAACAAUCAAAAUGUUACCACAUUUAGAGGGAUGGGAUAGUCUGUUAGAGAUGUUAAAACCGUUAGAAUGGUCAGUUCAUGUAUAUCCACGUAUUGUUAAAGUGUUUGCAUCUAAAGGUCAUGAACCAGCAAAUCACUUUUAUGAAUCUUAUCUAUUACCUAAAGUAAAGCAAGAUAUUGAAGAAAACAAACGUUUAUGUGUUCAUUUAUAUGAAGCAUUAAUUACAUCUAUGUUUCGACCAGAAGAGUUUGUUUCUGGUGUCUAUCUACCUUGGGUUCAGUCGGAGAUUUCUAAAACUGAAGGUGUAAUCCUGUCCAAUCUAAUUAAAAGAGCGACGUUAAAAUCACGUUUUGCUGCAGUCGCUCUUGCUCUUACAUUAGAAGAAGAUUUCAGCAUUCCUCGAUCAAUGGUUAUUGAGACAUUUUUAACUAAAAAGUAUCACUUACCAGAAGCCGCUGUCCAAAGAAUUAUCGAUUAUUUCAUUAGUUUUGAUAAAGAUUGCACUGUUUACUUCACCGAUGAGAAGCGUAUGCCGCUGACCUGGUUCAAAAGCUUAUUGGUAUUUUUGGAGUUUUAUAGGCAUUGUGUUAACCCGUCUCAGCGUGAAAAGGUACUUAAAUUAUGUCGCCGUCAUGAACAUCCACAAAUAACACCAGAAAUUAGAAGCUUGCUGGGAACUAUUUCACCUAACUAACAUAAUUUUUAACAUCAAAUUGUUUUGUAAAUACAUUUAAUUUGAUAAAAUAUUGACAGAUUCUGUUCUAGUAGUCUGUUGUCUUUACCUCUGUGGUUGUCUUCAAGAUUCAUCUUACAAUACAGGUUAAUUUAGGUGUUUCUACAAAGUUUGACUGUUUAGUAUGUUUUUCUAACUGCUAAGUUUGUCUUUAUGCAAUCUAAAAUGACGUAAGUUGGCC